CUGAGGGAGAAAAGUUAUAGCGGAGAGGAGAUGAAUUUACUGUAGCAAAUCUGACGGCUCACUUAGAGGCAAUUAUUCUGCCUCACCUGACACGUUAAUACAGAUGAAUAUGUCGGACAAACAGAGCAGCCAAGCGUCGCAGAGGAAACCCAACAAGAACAUCAAGAAGCUCCGCACCAUUAGCUUGGUGUGCAGCCUGACGAGCAGCUGGCAGCAGUGGGUGACGGACAAUGAGGAAAAGCAAGCGAGUGAACCCAGUGGUUGGGCUCCGUCCACACUGGGGGGACCGACUGAGGAACCCAGAAAGACGUGGGUCCCCAAGAAACCUCCUGCUGCUCAAAUACAGUUGACGGAGGAGUCUCAAGUGAUUGAAUCUACUUCUGGAGAGGCUCAAAAGACAUCAGCUCCUCAAAAGAAGAUCGAGGAUCCACCGGUUUCUUCUGCAAUCAAGACGAAGCAGGUGGUGAAGACGGUGACCAGCAGCGUUCUGGAGAAAAGUGCGGGCGUCGGGCUCCUGACCGAGAAGAUCAAGAAAGAGGCUCUGCCGUCGGCCGAGGAGAUCGACAGGCUGCUGACAAAGAAAAGCUCACCCACGCUCCGCAGGAAGUGCUCCAACAUGGUGUCAUCGCUGACCAAAAGCUGGAAGAAGGUGGAGAAACAGCAGAAGUUCGGAAAAGAAGGUGCAAGAGCAGGAAAGUCACAGACCGGUAGAUUAGACGGAGAGGAGAGUGGACAUCCUGAGGAAGAGAAGGAGAGAGUGGAAGUAGAUGAUGCUCAAACACACACGGAAAACAUUUUGAAAGAAUCAGAGCAAAAAGACGGUGAUGAAGACUCAGUGGUGAAGAUUAAAAGGCCUGCAGUCCCAACGUACAAAAAUGAAGCUGAAGACGCCAACAAGAUCAAUGCUCUCUCCAAGAAAUACAGCGCUGUGGGAAACCUCAAGAGCCGCUGGCAGAACUGGGCCUCAGAGCACACAGUUAACCAGAGACUAAACCCCUUCAGCGAGUACUUUGACCACGAUUACUCCAUGUCUCUCCGCCUCCAGAGGGGCGAGGAGGGUUACGGACGCCCCAAGGAAGGAACCAAAACAGCGGAGCGAGCCAAACGAGCCGAGCAGCACAUUCACCGGGAGAUCGCUGACAUGUGUUACGUGAUCAGGACGAUGGCCGACCCGGACCUGGAUGGAAAGACACGCAUCACGUUCGGAGAGCUGUUUGACAGAUACGUGAGGAUCUCCGACAAGGUGGUGGGGAUCCUGAUGAGAGCCAGGAAACACGGGAAGGUGGCGUUCGAAGGGGAGAUGCUGUGGCAAGGCCAGGAUGAUGGGGUGAUCAUUACCCUGCUGGUGUGAUGUUAACACUUGGGUCAGAGUUGUGCUGGAAAUCCUCUUACAGCUAAUUUGCAGUAAUUAUCAGACAGAGGCUAAGAGGAGGAUUAAGAGUACAGUUCUGCUCAGUGGACACCUGCAGAACAAUGUCACAGGGAUACAGACACAACAAAGCUUGGUGGAUGAGUGGAUUAUUUUUUGCUGCUUUUUUUGUAGAUACUUGAAGAUUGGGUGUGUGAACUGUCCUUGGCGUGUUUCGAGAAAUCUGCAGAGACUUUGAAGUUUUGAUUAACGAGCUCUGGAGAGAUGAAGUCCUGGUUUCUUGGCUUCUUGUGAUUCCAUUCAGGUCAGGGUGCAGAUUCUCAUACGUGUCUCUUUUGCACUUUCUGUACGGCUCGUGUUAAUGAGAUAUUUAAGUACGUGUUAAUACGCCAAACAACCAGCGGCUUUGCAGUUUACUGUGGCGCAGUAAUUCAGACACGGAUUGGGUUUCAUCGCCUGAAUUCCCUCAGCUCAGCAUUCAUUAGACUGUAGCAGGCACAAUGCAGAGGAACAGAGCAGAGCGCAGCACUUUUAAAUCUCAUAGCCUGUUAGACUGAGGCUGUUAUAAUUAAUGUAAAGGGCAAACUAGGAAAAAAAGUACUUUCUUUUCUGAUAUUGUUUGGAAUUUUCUUGACAAAUCAAUGUCUAUGUGCUGCAACUCAUAAUUUUAUUCCUUUUCAGAAAGACAAUGACCAACCACACACACGCAUGCACCUGUAUUUACUGUAUGUUAUCUACUCACACAAAGACUCUCAGGCUGAGCAGAUCUUUACAAACAGGGGAGAGCAGGAAGAAGACAGAAAAACCCUCUGACAUGUCAACCGUGACGCCUACAUGAGCCGACACAUGUAACCACGCAAGAAAUGUGCUGAAAGAGAGGCAGACUUCCUCAUGUACAUUAUUAUCUUCAUCCAUCAGUAAUGACGCUUGAAUACAGUGACACAUGAGGCAGAUGUAUGGGGUGCACAGAUUCUGAUUCCUACUUGCAGUAACUAUACUACCUGUCCUAUGGAGAUACUGCAGCCUGAAGGGACCCGCAGCUUCACCCUUGUAUCCAAUUCCAUUUUAACUUGCGAGUGCAGUGGUGGUUGUAAACCUGUCUGUUUGGAAUGAUUUACUUAGCCUGUGUUAAUGCUCUGCAGUCUUCAGAAUUAUGCCCUGUCAUCAGUGAAUCCUCCUCAAAUAGUUCUAUAUUAUACCGUCACUUUUUUAAUGUUUGUGAGGUGAACCUUGUGCGCAGAGCUUUUUAUAAACUGCCUUUGGUGCAGAGUGAAGUUUGAAAACUUUGCAUUUAUCCUACCUGGUUUAUCUGCAAUGGAAUUUUCCACAAAAUGGAAAUGGCUGCUUGAUGACCUCUGGUGUAGUUCAUCCAAAGACAUAGAAGACACACCACCCCGCCCCCACUGACUGCUACAGAGCACUGGUACGUGUUUUUUUUAAAUAUAGAAUAUUUAUAUUUUUGUUAACAUUAAACGAAUCGCAUGUCCGAAUUGGACCGAACUCGGCACUGCACUUCCUCAGGUAAUUUACAAUAGCUGUCUCCAGUGUGAAGCUGAUAAGAUGAAGGGUUUGUUAGGUUUCAGAUACACACAGAAAGACAGAGAGACACUGGUUGAAUUUGUAGAUUCACUGUAACAACAACAAGUUGGUGGAUUUGUAUCUACGCUCGAUCUACAACAUCAUACAAAGACAGGUAAUAACAAAACAGAAUAAACAACCUCUGCCUACAGGAGAACAUGUUGCAUGCUCAAUUAGCAUCUUGGAUAACAGAUGACACACUGCAUAAGCUACUGUAAGACAGUAGGUGUGUCAUGUUGGAAUUGUUCUGUUUAAUUAGCUUAACAAAGAGGAUUUACAGUCUUUUCUAUCGCUGGCAGUUCAAAGACCUGGUAAUUAUGGUCGGCACAUUUAGACACACUCACUGUCAAAGUAUAAGCUUCUGUUUAUCACUGCUCUCAGGAGUUGAGAGCAAAAAAUAACGUUCCACAAAACUGAAUCAAUGGAUGUGGGGGAAUUUUUA